UAUGUGAAAUUUUGUGCCCGCAAUCCUGUAUAUUAGAUUUUCUUCAUCAGUGGCAUUUUCUCUGGUAAAACCCUUCCGCUUCUCCGUCUAUCACUUUUCUUCCCUUCAUUCUCAAAACCCUCAUCAAUCGGUGCCCAGGAAAGCAGGAAGACGUCUCGCUAUAUGGCCUCCAUCCACCCACCCAUAGAUAACGGCGCAGUGGCCGCGGAACCCGCCGACCCAACAUCCGUGGCCGCGGAACAACUAGCAGCAGCUGAAGCCGCCGAAACCAAAGGCGACGACGCCGACACCGCCUCGGCUGAGACUCAAGCUGCGUCGGUUUAUGUGAAGGAUAAAGGGUCGGAGGAGAUGAGGGCCAAGUGGCCGGGUUGGCCGGGGUACUCAGUGUUUCGGUUAGUAGUGCCGGUAUUGAAAGUAGGCGGCAUUAUUGGACGGAAGGGAGAUCUUAUCAAGAAGCUCGUUGAGGAGACACGGGCUAGGGUUCGCGUGCUUGAUGGCCCUUUAACUUCUCCGGAUCGCAUUGUUUUAAUAUCUGGGAAGGAAGAUCCAGAAGCAGCAUUGCCUCCAGCUAUGGAUGCUAUACUAAGAAUCUUCAGACGUGUCAAUGGACUGUCUGAGAAUGAUGGAGAUGGCAAAGGCAUUGGUGCUGCUGGAACUGCAUUUUGUUUGAUUCGGUUAUUGGUGGCAUCUACACAGGCCAUUAGUUUAAUAGGAAAACAGGGUUCCUUGAUCAAGUCUAUUCAGGAAAGCACUGGUGCUUCUGUCCGCGUGCUUUCUAAUGAUGAAUUACCAGUUUAUGCCAGUUCUGAAGAAAGGAUUGUCGAGUUACAAGGAGAAGCUGUCAAAGUACUUAAAGCUUUGGAAGCUGUGGUGGGGCACUUGAGAAAAUUUUUGGUGGAUCAUAGUGUUCUUCCAUUGUUUGAGAAGAGUUAUAAUGCACCAGCUACUCAGGAAAGGCAAGUAGACGCAUGGUCCGAGAAGACAUUGCUGCAUGCUAAUCCGCAGACCUCGCUAGGGGCUGAUUAUUCUGCUUCAGUGAAGAGGGAUUCACUUUUUCUUGACCGUGACAGCCAGAUGGAAUCUCGUAUUACGUCUUCAAGACUAUCAUUGUAUGGACCAGAACAUGGACUUGGCAGUCGUUCUUCAACAAUAGGACAUUCUGGGGGACCUGUUGUAACUCAGAUUGCACAGACCAUGCAAAUACCUCUUGCUUAUGCAGAGGAUAUUAUUGGGGUUCAGGGAACAAAUAUUGAUUACAUUCGACGUACCAGUGGUGCUAUUCUUACUGUGCAAGAGAGUAGAGGACUACCCGAGGAGAUUACCGUGGAAAUAAAAGGCACCUCUUCACAAGUGCAAGCAGCUCAGCAACUUAUUCAGGAAUUCAUCGGUGGUCACAGAGAGCCGCUCCCGCGGAACUAUGGCAAACUGGAGUCCAGUUUGAGGCCUUCCUACUCUCACAUGGGCAGCAGCUCAUACUCAUCUUCAUCAUUUGCAGAACAACCUUAUGGUGGGUAUGGAUCAUCUGGUGUUGGAGGAUAUAGCAGCUUUAGGCUUUGAUUUGACAAAUUUUCUUGCCAAUCCUUUUUCCAUCUAUCCCAGAUCCUAAUCUGUAAAGCAUCUGUGGGUUGACCAUGAAGAAGCACAGUUAUAUGUAGUUGUAUUUAAUUCAUGCGUUUGCUGCACUAGUGAGAAGUUAGUUAAGCUCUUUUAUAUUAUCAUGGUCUUUGAGUUGAUUUAUUAGAGAUUUCGUGCCCAAAAUUUUUACCAGAAUUGGGGAUGUAUUCUCUGUACCAAAAAUGGAAAAUGGGGUGGUUAGUUU